UCUUUCUUCCAUUUUACUUCGAAUUAUCGAAUUAUCGCAUUUAUAUUACAAUAACAUAAUUAAUACUUUAUUCAAUUACUCGAAUACAAGUUUACUCAAUUUACAAGUAUCGAUUAUCUGUUUCCGAUAGAAAUCAACCGAAAAAAUGAACACUUUUGCGUGCAUAAUGUAAUAAGCAUGUGUAUUUGCCAUCACUUUUUGUGUGUUCUUCUUUAACAAUGUUAACUCCUUGAAGUAUUGAUUUUACAAUUGAAACGUUACUCUAUGUUAAUGAAUUUGCUAUCUGGUGACAGUUUCCGUUUAAACAAAUCAAUUCUUAGUCAUAUUCCAUAAAGGUGGCAUAUUUCUAUUACUCAUAGGUCACACCAUGUUAUUUGUGAGUGAAUAAUUUGUAUAUACACUUUUAUCAGGUUGACUUCUGUAUUCCGUGCAUGCGGUAUGCGUGCAUUAUCUUCGCUGUAUAUUAUUUGUACGAUUACGUCAUGAACGAACAUGCAGUAACAUGCAAAUGCAGUAGUUCUUCUAACUAAAAGUGGAUUGCCUUUACAAAAGCAUAUUAAAUUAAACUCCUCUGCAAGUAGUCAUCCAGUUUUCCAUCAUCAUUAAUGAAAAACUGUCCUUGAGAGUGCAACAUAACAUCAUUAACUCCCUACAAAUUUAUCAUAUUUGUCGUUCCUCCAUUAGCACCUGAUCUUUAAAUAAGAGUAAUACUUAUUUACGGCUGUUUCACAUUUCAGAAUCUUUGAUUUAUCCCGAAAUAAACACCUUUAAUCAAAGAUGACUUGCGCCGACUGCUGCCUCUUCAUCCUCGCGUUGAUCUUUCCCCCACUGGGCGUUAUGUUCGCCCGUGGGUGUGGUUGUGACCUUCUCAUCAACAUUUGCCUCACCAUCCUCGGUUUCGUCCCUGGAAUAAUUCACGCCUGUUACAUCAUCAUGAAGAGGGAGGAAUUCGACGGGAGGCGCCCUGUCACCGUCGUUAUCCAGCAACAACAAGCUUAACUUAUUCAAAUUAUGAUGUAUGUAUGUACCUCCCUCCAUCCUGACGAUAAUGCCACAGCUACCUUUGCCAGUGUUCCAUGUAGUGGUUUAAUUUAAGGCUGAUAUAGAAAUGUAAGAUCUGGCUGGUACUUAGAAGAAGUGACCUAAGUAAAUACUACAUUUUGCUAUGAUGAUGAUAGCAUUCGUGCUUGAAAUUUUAAUAAUGUUCCUUGUAAAAAGUAUGUUAAUUUAAUUGUAGAGGAUGAUACUGGGCGGACGGUUUAUUGUUAUUUACCAGAUUAUUUGUUAUCUGUCAUCCAUAAUGUACUUUUUUAAACUUGAGCACUUUAAAACCAGUAAAGUUGAUUUAAUUAAGUACCUUUUUGAGUAUUUAUUAUGUUACGAGUGUUAUAAUGUAAGUUACUACAAACCACUCAAAUUCCAGUCAUAUUGUUUGCCAUGAAUAAGAAAAAUGUUUUUCAUUCUUCUUGAAAAUCUUGGUGUUUCUGUAAUUUUAAUAUAAACGCGUUCCAUCCAUUAAUUCACAAGUGAGAUUUUUGUAACAUGCAGAAGAUUAAUUACAUAAAUCCAAUUAUAUAAAUCUAACUAUUACAAAUAUAGUUACAAAUAAAGUCGUGCUGUUACAAAUCUACUAAAAAUUACUACGUAUUAAAUAAAUGAAUUCUGGAAAUUCUUGCAUUAAGUGACAUAAAAUUUGUUAUCCUGAUUCCUGAUUUGGUUUGCACAGUCAACAAUUACUGUUUUGUUCUAAGGAUUAGUGAAAAUGUUAUCGGUUAAACAAAAUGUUAUCUGACUAUUUAAUGAGUAUAGUCUGACCACCCCAUCAAGUACAUACGUAGAAGUGGAAAUGUGCAUGUAAAGUAGUUCUUGAGCAUUAUGCCGUGCAGUUUUUAUCCGUUUCAUUUUUGGCUAUAAGUUUCUUGUGAUUUUCAAUAACAGAAUUUACAACUUUCUUAAUAACAACGACUGUCAUAAUGCAGGAUGUGGAAUAAAAGUAGGACAUUUUGUAACGUUGUCAACGACUGCGAAAUUUUAUCCUCACGCUCCAACGACGAUUUGUAAGUCAAAUUGUCGUACUAAAAACUACAAAAGUCCCCCAGCUCAUAAUACCAAUAAUUACUGGUGACCUCACUGACUUUACAAUGAACAUUGAGAAUGAAGCGGUUGACAUGUCCCCGGAGGAAGGCGACGCAAUCUUAUCGCUGGUAGUUGAAGACGAGAUGACGCAUUCCGGGGGCGAGAUGGACUAUGAAGAAGAUGCCGAUGAUGGUCCAGAAGAGUUUGAUGAUGCAGAUUUUGGAGGACAAGGGGACACUCUUCGAUCCAUCAAAUUCUCUGCAGAUUCAAUAACAAAUUCAGAAGUGGAGAAAGAUAUGGAUGACAUGAUAGAAAAAGUGAAACAGUUUGUCCCACCGGAAGUGAGUUUGGACACGGUAAAACUUAUCUUGGAUCAGAACGGGUGGGACUCCGAAAAGUCAAUCACAACUUUGUCCACUUACGAGAACGGUGUGGAAGGAUACUGCGCAAAAUCGUAUAUUCCUUUUCCAAACGGAACUAGUAACCCUUCAUUUUUUGUGGCUGAAAACGCAAUUUGCACAAUUUGCACAUCGUCCGUCACAGAGUACCACACACACGGUGACUGUAAUUCCAUUAUCUGCCUCGUAUGUUGGCAAGAAUAUAUACGAACUUGUGUUACGGAGGAUGGGAGAACUUGCAUGACUUGUCCAGUCUGUCCCAUGUUCUUAGAGAAUCGCCUCGUCCAAGAGUUAGCUACGGACAGUACAGUCGUCGAUCGUUUAACGGCUAACAACUGCAACAAAUUCAUUCAGACUUCAAAACAUCACGUCUCAUGUCCCGCACCCGACUGUAAAUUUAUUUUUCGAUCAAAACUACCCAUAAAAUCGUACUCCGGAUGGAAGUCCGCUCUCUGUCGGUGUGGGAGCUUGACAUGUCUGGAAUGCCUUUCUCUUGGACAUGGACCUCUGUCCUGCGAAAGUUUGAAAGUUUGGUUGACCCUCCACAAUGUCUCCGAUAUUCUAAGUAACCAGUGGAUUUUAGCAAAUUCGAAACCGUGUCCAAAAUGCAGCACUAAUAUCCAGAAAAAUGGGGGGUGCAAUUGGAUGACUUGUACCAAUCGUGGCUGUGGGUAUCAUUUCUGCUGGAUUUGUUUACAGAAAGCCCACAACCACAGCCAUGGGGAGACCUGCACCCGGUUCUAUAGAACACAAACACCUCCACUUCCGGGGCAGGUAGUAAAUGCCAUACAUCGUCGGGAACGCUACGGUUUUUAUGGCGAACGCUACCACAACAUGAUCACAGGUGGACAUUUCAGUCAAGUCCAAACUUUAAAUAUGGAGCAAGCCCGAAGAGAUUUCCAGCAACUCUCGAUAGGUGAAGUUGAUAUCAAACUAUUGGACGAUUUGCCAUCCUUGUUGAAACAAGCGAGAUCUACGUUGGCACAUUCCUACGGACUGAUCUACUUGUUAGCGGACAGCGUUGAAAGGACCCUGUUUGAGGACAAUUUGACAUUCCUGCAAGCAAAAGUUGAUGGGCUGGAGUGGUAUCUUCACUACCAAAUGCAUAUAGAAUCAGCCAAAGAGAUAAAUGAUUAUCUACGAGUAAAUAUGGAAUUUUGUCGUAAUCGGAUCAACAUCAUGAACACCACGUCGGAAAAGAACUAUAACGAAAGAAAGUGGGAAUUUGACUAUGAAGAACCUAUCGCAACACCUGUAAAAUCAAGACUACAGCAGUAUUGCGUAAUAGUAUAGGGAGUGGUCAUCGCUAUUAACGAAUAUUGUACAAUAAUUCAGGCUAUGAAUGAGAAAAAUAGUGAAGCUUCUAAUUAAAUGCAAUUUUAAUUCCCGUCAUUCACCAGCGAGAUUUUCUGAUUGUACAAAUCUGAUUAUUAUUAUACAUACAUUGUUCCUACAAAUAUAGUACUUCUAUCAAAUGAAUUCUGGAAAUUCUUGCAUUAAUUUAAAUAUAAUAAUGCUCGCUUGAUUA